AUGAAAUCAGAGAUGAUCUCCUCAACUGGUCCGGCCGCCAACGUUGCUCUCCCUCAAAUCACACUCGAUACAACUCUCAGCGAGCUGUACCGCAAGUUUUCACCAUUGGAUGGAGGACAAAGUGUAGCAUAUCUGUUCUAUGUUCCCAUUUCAAGUAUGGACAUCACGACAGAUUUCCCCCGCAAUCGUAAAUAUAUCUAUCAGGAGACUACUUUCAACAAUUUGUCGCAGGAAGCACCAAGUAGAGAGACUGAUAAAGCACUUCAUAUUGAUAUAUUGAAAUAUCUCCACGGUCUCUCUCAACGAGAAACUUUUCUGGCUGGCGAUGCGCCCGUCAUAUCCUUCUACUCGAGCAGUUCAAAGGCUCGCGCAGAGCACGAUAGGCAUCAGUUAGCACGGACAUUGGAUACCUUAGACCCACACCAACGGCCAAACAUCAUCUUCUGCUCAGGCCCGAAAGCCAUUCCCCUGAAGGAGAACGGCAUUGAUAUCCUAUCAUACAAAUUCGUCCUGGAUGGCAUCGCGGAUUACCCCCUAAGGUUUGACCUUGAUAAGCACUGGUAUCUCAAUUCAAAGGAAGCGCUUGCAACAUCCGGACUGCCAACACCAAAAUGCGAAGUCAUUCAUUUAGAUGGGUGCAUGCCCCAUGCUAAAACUUGCUGCAACAUUUGUAAAGACAUUUAUGACGGCUUUGUGCCCUCUACGUGCACAGGAAUACGCGGCGAAUGGUUGCACAAAAGCGUCCAGAAUGUCGUUAGCCGCAUGGCGCAACGCCCUCUGCCAUUCGUAGUCAAGAACACCCAAGCCUACGCCGGCGCGGGUACCUACGUGACCAAAAGCGAAGAAGAACGCACUCAGCUCAUCGAAAACUUCUCGACUCGACUCCUUCCCAUCCUUUUCUCCCACGUCACCCCGGAAAACCAACAUCUGAAACCUGGGACCAUCCUCUUAACUGAUUGUGUUGAAGAUUACAUCGGCAAUUUCUCCAUCAGCUUCUUCGUUGCCCUCGACGGCUCCGCAACCUUCCUCUCCGUCACCGACCAAGUCCAGGACUCCCAAGCCUGGAUGGCCAACAUCAUCACAUACUCCCAGCAGCCAGCCCUCGAGCAGAAGACCACGCCCCUCAUGCGCGAAAUUGCGAAAUGGUUGCACGGACAAGGCUACUCCGGGCCCGCCGGCGCUGAUGUGAUGGAAACGGCUGCCACCCAGCCCCAGCCCCAGCAUAUCAAUGUGAAUGGCAAUCUGGCAAAUGGCAACCUUCUAAAUGGAACUCUCACAAACGGACACCACCCAAACACCAACCUAUCAAACGGAACCCUCCCACCCAACGGCCACACCAACCCCCAACCCCAACCCACGCCUAGCGCACAACCAACCUCCUACAUCAUCGACCUAAACAUCCGCUCAACAGCCUCCUUCUCCCUCGCCCUCCUGCGCACCCAUUUCACCUCCCGCGGCCUCGACUGCGCCAGCUCCUUCGCCAUCACUACGGGCGCUACCAGAGAUGAGUUCCUGAUGACGUGGAAGGAGGACUUUGAGGCCGGCAGGAUCGUGGUGUUGAAUUGGUAUGAGGAGUUUGGGGGGUUUGAGGGGGAGGGAAGGGAGAGGGGUUGGAGGGGGAGGAGGAGGAGGAGGGGGGGGGAGGAGGGGUGA